AUGGCGACGCUUAUGUUGGGCGGAAAGAAACUCGCCGAUUUGCGAGUUGUAGACCUCCGUCAAGAGCUCGAAAUCAGAGGUUUAGAAAAGAGUGGAGUAAAGGCAGUUUUGGUGGAGCGAUUGCAGAAGGCAAGAUCUCGUAACCGUUCAACAAAUUACAGCUGUUUCUUCGCUUUGUGUGAAUGGUUGCAAUUUAUCCAGCUUUCUGAUCUUACAUAAGCUUAUCUUGUGCUUAUCUUCAAUUUUUAGGCCUUAGAGGAAGAACAAGAUGGCGAAGAAGAAACUGCAGAGUUUAUUCCCAUAGACAGCGUUGAUUUGGUGGACGAAGAAGAGGAAAGUGUUUCAGACGAACAACCUUCGAGUCCGAUAGUUUCUCCUAAGAGAUCCGGUCAGAAACAGGCGAAGAAAACUUCCAUCACACCUGUUUUGAGUAAGAGCAACCGGAGGCUUAAGUCUCUACUGUUGUUUAUACUGUCCAUGAAUGAUUUAAAACCGUGCCUUGGUCUCUGUUUUUAUUCGUUUAAUUUGGAUUGUCUUCAAUUUUGCAGAAAAGAAAGCCGCAGUAAAAGAGGAAGAAACGAACGAAGCGGUAAGUGAACGAUUGGUUUUGCAAAGUGUCUUCAUUUCUCGGGUCCUAGUUUUAUGUCUCGUAUGAAGGGCUUUAUUUCUGAUCUUUUGCCUAUGGAAGCAGGAUGCAGGGGUAAAGGAUAUAGGCAGCGGAUCAGCGAACAGCACAAGCACAUUUAAUUUUUUUUGCUCCGGUAGCAUGUCGUUUGUAUGGCAAUGACUAAGCCGACACUAACAUGCGCAAUUGAAGAGCGAUCCCUUUGUCCUUACAGUCUUAUUUGUACGAUUAGAUCUUAUCUAACUUAAAGCCAGGUUAAAUUCAAGGGUAGGUUAAAUUUCAGACUACCCGGUCACUGAAAUAUUCCCAUCGACUCCUUGGUAAAAUAAUUGUCAAAGAUGUUUUAUAUAUCAGUUGUUUCAACAAGUACUAAUAGCUCCAUGAUAAUAAAACUUUUGUGUCAUUUGUUAUUCAAAUUUGUCAACAUUAGAAAGGUGACAACCAUAUUCCUCUGUGGUGGGUUACAGGAGUCGUAAAGGUAGGAAAGCAAGACAGUAAAAACACAUUUCCACAGAAACAUGAAGCCAGCCCAAUUGGAUUUUAACUGGUUUCAAAAAAGCUUUGUGUCUUAGGUGAAAGACCCUCGUAAUUGUUAACUUUGACCAUCAUGAAGGAAUAACUUCAAAUCAAGUGGCCCGCUUUACCACUGAAACUGAAAGUAUAUUUUCAUCGGCAAAAUGGUUUUAUAGGAGAUUAUGAUUAUGUGAACUGAUAUGGUGGUUUUAAGGAAAUUCAGCGAUGACGAUAGCCAUGCCAACCAGGGUUUCGAAGUGACUACUGAAUUAAUCUGAUGAUUUCUUUUUGAAAGGAUGAAGAAGAGAAAGAAAAUGUAACUCAAGAAGAUGAAACAGAGGAGGAAGGAAAUGGAAAUCUCAUCACUGAAGAGGAUUUCAAACAGGAACAUGCAGACAGUGAGGAAGAGCUUGACAGCAAUAAGAUUGAGGAGUCCAUUGAUACCUCCAACAUUAAAUCUGAAGAUGUAGAGAAUGAUGAGAAGCAAGACGCUGAAAAGGAUGUGGAUGAUUCACCGUUAAUCGAGAAUGACAUUAAGCUGGAAGAUUUGGAAGAGCAAAAUGAUGUAGAUGAGAGUAAAGAGGUGAGAGGGUUUCCUGUGUUAAUGUUCACCAUGAGCAUCCAAGGCCUUGGUUCCUGAAAAGCCAUGAAGAGCUUAUCUAGGAUUAGAAUUUUAAUCCACAGUUACAUUUACUUACCUGUAGAGUGUUCAAAGUAAACUUUUGUGUUAUCAUAACUUGAUCUCGAAGUAAGGCCUCUGACGCAUUAGUUUUAAGCUCCAGUUACUCCAUACUUGUUUUUAUUAUAGUUAGGGGAAAGUGGAAACUAACUUGACACUUGCCUGUUUGUAGACUGAAGACAAAGAAAUGGUUAAAGAUGAAGAAACUGAAGGUAAAUAGAGUUCUAGAUGCUAACUACAGUACAGGCCACGGGCAUUGCAGCAUUUCACACUUCUUUCAUGCGUGGAAAUCAGCCAUAUCACACACAAAUUCCACAAGAAAAACACGAGUGAAACACUCGUGUAAAAGUAUACAUGCUAAGAUACACAAGAAAAUACACGCAAAUUAGGAAAAUUGGGUGUAAAACUUAACAUGCAGAUUGUUAUAAUUUACAUGUAUUCUGUUUACUUUAGUUCUUACAUCGCUGGCUGAGCGAUUGCAGUUGUACUUUUGUUGGUGGCUUUAAUUUGUUAGCAUAAAUCAAAAUUUUGAGGCACGUUCAAAUGUUAGUACUUUAUGUUAUCGGGGCUAAAAGUGAUCAAAGUUUUUUGACCAAAUGAACAUUGUUUUUAAUUAUUUACAUGUUCUUCGCUUGAAUCUUCAUUUGUAGACUUCACAGAGGUUAUAAAAAGGUUUCAACUAAAAUCAGUUUCAGUUAUCAAUUCGCAACUAUUUUGAUGGACCAACUACUCUGUAAUGUGAUGCAGUAAUGUACAUCUCUGUUCAGGUGAAGGGUCUCUUCUACACGUAUUUCGUUUACAGCUUUUAUCUCCUGCUUAUAUUUAGCUCGCUGCUUUGAGUUUUCUUCUGCAGCAGUCUCCUUUCUCCUUCCUGCAAUGUAGGUCCGAAAUGAGAAAAGACUUGUUAUUUUGGCAAGAAUCUAAAUUUCUUUUAGCUCGCAACACCGGCGUCACUCAGUCGCGUCAUCCAUCUACGUUUAAGCAAACAAUCUGGCGUUACUGCAAGGAACUAAUUUUAGUUCUGGGGUUGUAGUUUUACUUGUGAAGAAAAGGUUUUUUUUAAGGUCUGUGUUUUCAGCAAAGAGAGUUUAAUCCUUGUCAAGGACAAACAAAUUAACAUGCUGCAUUUUUAUCAUUUACACAAGUUUCUAUUUCUAGAAAAGGUAUGGAAGCAAAUUACUUCAAAUGUUGUCUAUUUUUAACAGACGGCGCGUCACAAAUAACAUGCAAAUUCGGAGUGAAAUUGUAUCCAAGUUUAGUAACGCAUUGAAAUUUUUAAGCAACAACUAAGGACAUAUCAUGAAGCUCGACAGUAAUUCAAUGUUAGAAUAAAGGCAUAUGUAAAAGAGAAACCUUGUGUGGUCUGUAAAAUUUAGUGCCGAUCGUGUGAAAUCCUGGGGCAAAAUCAAACCUUCUAGUCACAGGGUGCAAAGAAAAUCAUUUUUACAGCUUGCCAUUCGGGCAAGCUGAAGCUAGCAUUUACUAGCCCAGACGUCAUUUCAACUAGCCCCAAAAUCUUUUUGACGAGCACAACUGAUUUCACUGUUCUUCUGUGAUUCGAAUUCUUCAAAAAACAUCACUUGCCCGUCGGGCAAGUUAAAAACAGAAUUCGCUAGCCCAAUAGCAAAAUCCACUAGCCCCAGGCUAUCGGACACUACUUUCUUUGCAUGCUGCAGUCAUCCCAAUUGUUCGAACCCUCGCUAACUUGAACAUCGCACUUACUCAAGUCGAUCCCCCUUAAAAUUCCUUCAUACAGCCAGUUACUGUAAUUUUACCCUAGCUAACUCGAAGUAAUUUUUGUUUCCCUUCAGACCAUUUCCCUACAAUUUUACCCUCGAUAACUCCAACCAUGUUUUUAGGGCGUAUUAUAAACAAGUCUGAAAAAAAAAAGGUGUACUGAAGUCCGAGUGCCUGCUACGCAAGCUAAAAAAUUGAACUUAUUUCAAAACAACAGUCAUGGCAAGUUACAUGCGUCCAGGUUUACAUGUAAAAUAGCGCUUCAGCCAACAGCCAAGGAAAUCGUUGAUUACAAAACAUGAUGUUCGCGAUCGUAGCAUGAUCAUAGCAAGACAGGUAAGAGAAAGUAUAUAGUAAGGUGUUUUCUUUUUCACCGCGAAAAGACGUUUUUGCACAAUGUCGGUUUCUAAUUUUACAUCAGCCACAUUUGAUGUUGUAAAGAAAUACACACAACUUGCAUGUAUUUUUCUUAGCAAAAUCAGUCACCGUAAAAAUACAAGUUUCAAAUUUGCGUGUAACAAGUCUGUGUGUAAAAGCUCAUGUAAAAAUUUACACGUGUUUUUUUGCGUUGAUUUUUCGUGGAAAUCCGCCAUAUUGCAAGCAAUUUAUGCACGAGUAAGUGCUGCAAUGCCCGUGGCUUCUACUGUACUGUGCUCACAGAAAUAUAAUGUCAUUAUUUUAGUAGGAGCCUGAAACAAUCUUUUUAGGAAACAGCCUUGCACUGUUUCAAGAUUUUGCUUUCAUCAUUCAGUUUUUCAAAUUUUCCGAAUGUCUUCAUAUUUACAGUUACAAACUGUUUUUACAAAAGGUACUGAAACUAAAGAAACUAAAGAAAAAUCUGAAUCUGAGGAAGCAAUGGAUACAUCAGCGGCCGAAGUAAGCCUUGAAGAUUCAAGUGACCAAGCUAAAAAUGAUCAAGAGGAAACUGUUUCCAUGGAUACAUCAGAGUUAGACUCUAAAGAGAACAGCUUGUCAGUGUCAUUAUUUGUUCACACGGAUGACAUUCAAGAUGACCUGGAUGAUGAUUUGAAGGAAGCCGCUGCGGCUGCUGCUGCUAAGGAAAAAGAAAUGAAAGAAGAAAAAGCUGCCGAAGGUAAACAAAAAUCCUUCUCUAAUGUCUGUGGCUGCUAUGCUGCUCAGGUGCCUAAGUGAACUGAGGGAGUCACGAGCGAGUGUGAAGGUAACCAUAACAACCCUGUCAGCAGCAACCACCAGGCAGCAUCACACUAGGAACCCCAUGGCCAGUAGAAAGUGUUCAGAUACUUACCAAGAGCCACUCAGAGGGAGGGAGGGGAUGGGAGCAAGAAUAGUAUGACACAACACAAGCAAAGACAACACAUGCAAAAUGACUUGACCUCUGAAUGAGCGCUGUAAAAUUGCUGGGGCACUGAAAAAGCCCUGAGCCCACCCCACAUACGAUUAGCAAUGGAGACUGCUGGUCAGCAUUGUCUUGAGUUAACCUAGCCUAAAUUACAUUUAGUUAGUGCCAUAUUAAAAUGUUGCAAAGUAUUCGCAGUUUUCUAACUUAACGCAAGCCAAAGACCAUUUGUUAUAAUGCACAUCAUGCCACUGUCAAGAGGUUGUUACUUUUCACCUUAACAAAUAAAGAACAAUGUUGUCUGGGGAAGAGUGGGUCAGCUUUUGUUGUUAGGGACGGAGAAGGGGGUCUGUUGUUGCUGAUUGUUAAGUGGAUGUGUUUUGUAUUAUUAUGUAAUUUCAAAGAAGUGUCACACAAAUUGGGGGUGCGGGGUGGGAAUGUUUGCAUAAAUGUUUCUUUAUUUAUGGAAAUACCAAUUUACACGAUUCAGUAAUUUUGCAGCACUUUCAAAAAUUAAAUCGGUCUUAAUAGGAUGUUUUGAUGCCGCGGCCUUGGUUAUGAAUCUUUGCCUUCUUUUCCUUUUUUGGACAGGUAAAAGUUCAUCAAAGGAGAGUGAGACUAAGGCUUCCUCAAAAGAUGACACUAAGACAACAGAGAAAGCUAAAGCAGAGGAGAAACCCAAAGAGGAAAGUGCAGCCAAAGGACAAAGGUAACAUCCUAUAACUUGCUUUAAUACUUCUGAGCCUUAAGUACUGCAUUAAGAUGUAAUAUUGUUAUAUAGCUGGAAAUUUUUCCCCAACAGCGGUGCACUCUCAUUGAUCACUUCGAGGUCACAUGACAUCUAACAGUGCACUGUUACCCGCGAUUGUUGACCGACGAAUGCCAGGUACAGCGAAGUUUAUGAAUUUUCUCCUUCAAAAUUUCCAGCUAUGUAACAAAUCCCUUUAAGGCUACACAGGACAAAAUAACAACUUUGAUUACAAUGAAAGGUUCCUUAAAGGAACAUUAGUGCUCAUUGGUUUACCUUUAAGGAACCUUUUAUCAAAAUUAAAUUUGUUAUUUUGUCCUCACUGGUCCCUUGGGGUAACAGUUGGUUUUGUUGCCCUUGAAUCUCAGUGUUUCCCUCAGCUCUGCCUCGGAAAACAUUGAGGUUUUCGGGAAACAAAAUUUAUCUGUUUUGCGAGGGACCAGUCAUUAAGUUUUUAUUGUUACCUUUCUGGAUACUAAGGACUUUGCAUCUGAUGGAAAAGAAGGCAGCUCCUGUCCUCUUCACACAACAUAUUGACUGUAAGCUUGGAGGUCAGCUUAAAAAAACCUAAGGGAGACAUAUAUUGACCUCUCCUUUAGAAAUUAGAAGUAACUGAGAGCCUAAUGGGGAAGGAAAAAAGUGCCUUAGAUAUAUUAUUAUUGUUCAUAUUAGUUAUCCACAUAUCAAAGGUUUGGUGAAGUUUAUGUAGCAGAGAUGUUGUGGUAAUUGUUCGUGGCAUGUUUGUGUUAGAUUAAGUUUUUGAGACUCGUGCAUGUGGCAUUCAAUUAAAAAAUACCUUUUUGAUGAAUAGAUUCCAAUUAGUUUUCUAAACAUUUUUCUUUGCUGAUAAGUUCAAACAGCAAAGAGACUAAAAGCAAAGCCAGUGAAUCAAAAGGCAAGGCGGCUGAAAGCAAGUCCACUAAAAGUACUGACAAGACAACAAAAACACCAGCUAAAACUCCUGCAAAAACUCCAGCGAAAAGCACAACGUCUGCAAAGGACAAGAAAGAAACUGGCAAAAGUCUGUGGGUGAGCAAUCUGUCCUCAGUGACCAGAGCUGCUGAUCUUAAGACAAGGUUCAGUCAGUAUGGAAAGGUGAGUUUGUAAGUUUGACCUCGAUGUAUGCUGAAGUUUUAAAUCUUUCAAUUCAAGUAUACAUUUCUCGUGAGCACCCAGUUUUUAGUUUCUUUCAAGGGGCCUGCCUGCAAGCUAAGGAUACCUGAAGCAGAUGUAAAAAGCCAACACCCAGAGCUGUAACUAGGCAGAUGUUAAUGGUUGUUCUCUAUUUCUCUUUCAGGUUGUUGGAGCAAAGAUAGUUACAAACUCCAAGUCUCCUGGUUCACAGUGCUUUGGUCUUGUUACCAUGUCAACUAGUGAAGAGGCUGCCAAGUGUAUAUCACACCUCCACCGCACAGAGCUCCAUGGAAAGACCAUUACCGUCGACAGGGUAAACAAAACUUCCCUUAUCUUCUACUUCUGAUAAUUAUCACAGAUAAAGGUUUCCCUGUGACCACUUGUUAAACUUUGAAUGUUUAGUGGAGAAAUAUGUCAUGUUUGGCAUCCUGUUAGAACAUGUUUUUUCGCCACUUGUCCUCCUUUACAGUGUAGGUGCAAACAUCUUUAAGUUUGUGACUGAUAGUCUGUUAGUCUGUAAUGGUAAGGAAUGGUAAAUAACUUUCUAAAAGCCAAUAUGAUUUGGUUUGCUGUAUGUUUGGACAGGCCAAAGGUGAUCGCAUACCUACGACACAGUCAGGUAGCAGUACUGCAAAGAAACCGGCAGACAAGAAACAAGCUGCAAAGAAACCAGUUGAGAAAAAGCCAGCUGAUAAGAAACCAGCAGAUAAGAAGGGUAAGUAUUGCACGUUAUCUGGGCUUGCUUGCUGGGGGUCACUACACUUUCUCUGCAAGAAAUUCUAGGUGUCCCAGACUAUCAGACAACUUUUUUUCGAGCCCUUUUUAUUCUGUUCUAAGAAGGUGCAGGUUAACUAAUAAUAUUGGAACAACCUUGGUUGCAUAAUUGUCAUAUUUAAGGAUUUCAUCCUCGUUUGAAUUAAAUUAUUAUACGUACACAGUAUCACAAAAAGUUCUUGUAAUGCGUAGAGACUUUGUUUGGAUGGAAUAAAGAUUUGGCCCCAAAGGAAAGGUGACAGUAGGUGCUCAGUAUCAUUUGAUUUGGGUAGUAUUAGAUUCAGUAGCCAGGGUUUGCAAAUUUUAUUGAUGAGUGGAGUCAGUUUGACUUCUGCUUUACAAAUUUUGGAGGCAUUUUGGAACAUUUGGAGUCAAGUUUCAGACUUUCCAGCACGUGGUCCUGGCAUGUAUACACUAUCGUGAGGGAUACACGUAGUAGCUGUGGCGGUCCGCCAACCUGGAAAGCUCAAAUCCACUGGCGGUCAUCGAGUAAACUUUGAUCGUAAUUUACCUGUUUACCCUCUUCCUAUUUUGUCGUGUAUAAUUCUUUAAUUUCGAUGACAUAAUUAAGGUUUAGAAUGUUUACAAUUAACGUUAAGUGUAUUUGUUACCGAAAAUUUGAAGUGACUCCCUCCGUCACCUCAGUGGAGUCAUCUGAACAAUUUUGGCGCAAAACACGCCAAAUUUGGCAUAUUUGCGAACCGUAGUAGCUCUUGAAGUAGGGUGGCUGGACUAAAGGAGGCAUUUGUGUGUUUUACAGCUGAUUCAGCGGAUAAAACAAAAGCUAAAGCUGAUGACAAGAAGCAACCAGACAAGAGUAAAAAACCGGCUGAAACAUCGACUGGUAAAUCAACAACAGCUACUAAAACUUCUGCAAAAACACCAGCUAAGUCUUCUACCAAACCAACCCCAAAACAACAGAAGUCAGGUCAGUCUGUUAGCUCAUUUCUUUAUAAAUGUGAUUUUCUAUGUGUUUUUUGCUUGUGUGCUUUGUUUUAUCGAUGUUUAUGUAGUGAAUUUUAGAUAGUUCGCCAUAAUAUCAUGUAAGUAUUUUCCUUUCUGUUUUCUCUUAUGCAUGGCUUCUUUGUGAAAUUGUGGAAGGUUCAGGAUACAGAAUGCUUCGUUUAGCUUCAGGGAACCCCAGAGUUGUGUGACUCAUUAGCAUCUGCUAUUGUCUUGUUUACAUAAGCUUCCUUUAAACUGCGUCAUGUAAUUCCAGUCCUGUGAAGGAAUUCCUUGUAGAAUCUCACAAAGGCAGUUUUGUGGCACUCUUGUUGUCACUUCUGUGCUUGGUUUCCCAACUGCUCUUCACGCUAAACAAAUCAGUUCCUAAAGAAAAAGUUGUUCUUCAUUGGUGGGGAGUGAAGCACAAAAAUUUGACCAUAUCAGCUGAAUUAGUCAAUUAAGGAGAAAACUGAAGGCAAAUCCAAAGCCGCCAUUUUGAGCGCUGUUCUUCAUAGAGAAUUGCGCAGGAUGCACCCUUCCUGAAGCAGCACUAAACCAAGAAGAUGACAUCGAUAAUACCCACACUAUAGUCAAAGCCUUGGAUAAGGUCCAGUUAACAAGAUGCGAUUUUUAUUCCCAAGACAAGUAACGUUCGUAAAACUUUGGUGCUGGGCGCCAAUAUCUUGAUGCCAGCAUGAAGGUCCAGCUUUCCCCAGGGUGAUUCCUUUUUUCCUCAUAAUCUGGAAAUGACAUUUGAUGCGGUUUUAUUUGAGAACUGUCCCCUUUGUCAUUCCUCUUAUUUUAUUCAGCCCUCCUUGUGAGUAAGCUAGGUAAUCAGUUGCUGCUCAGUUGCUCAUAGGAGACUGGACAUCGCUCUAAACCCAUACUCUUCACGACUCCUAUCUACUUAACCUAGCCCAGUUUGUGCUUGUUUUUGAGUAUAAAUAUUGUUGUUUUGUUUUACAAUUAAUGCUAAUCACAGGAAGCACUUCUUCAAGUGGUAAAAAGGACGACGAUUCUAAGCGAGCUUCUUCAACAAACAAAGAGAAAAGUGACUCAUCCUCUUCUAAAACUUCAGACAAGGAAAAGGAGAAGGAGAAAGAGAAGGAGAAAGACAGCGACAAGGAAAAGGAUAAAAGCAAGGAAAAGGACGAUAAGAAAUCUGCCAAGACCGACGAUGAGAAAAGUGGCGAUCGCUCAUCUCCUAAAAUCAAGUCCCUGGACGAGAUCCGCCGUGACCGUCAAGAGAGGCAGCGUCAGGAGAGAGCGAAAGAAAUCCGAGAACAACGGGAGCGUGAGCGACAAGACAGGCUCAAACGUGAGCGUGAGAGACUUGAGCGUGAAAAAAUGCUUGAGCGACAACGCGAACGUGAACGAGAAAGAGAACGCGAAAGAAGGAGGCAGCAACUUAUUCGGGAACGAGAGUUCCGCGAAAGACAAGAACGAGAGCGACUCCGACUCCAGCGUGAGAUUGAACGACAAAGGGAAUUGGAACGGCAGCGUGAACGGGAACGCCGCGAACGUGAAGAACGUGAACGCUUAGAGAGAGAACGCCGUGAACGGAUUGAACGUGAAAGACUUGAGCGUGAACGAAUUGAACGUGAUCGCUUACAACGCAUCGAAAGAGAACGCUUGGAACGUUUGGAACGCGAACGCCUUGAGCGUGAGCGAUUAGACCGUCAGCGUUUGGAACGUGAACGUUUAGAACGCGACCGGCGUAGUUUGAAACGCCCCGCCGCUCCCUUUGAGCGCGGCGACCCUGGACAUGCUCAGAAGCCAGUUGGCUUCUGGCAGGAACCUAAACGAGCUGCAAUGGGAGAAGGAAGAUCGCGUGACUUUUUUGGUAGUAGUGUGAAUGACCGUGACAGGCGUGACCGUGCGAAUGUGACUUCUGACAGACGUGACUCUAGAGGAAGUCAUCGUGACGAGCCUAGGCAAGCCGCAGGUGGGCGUAGGAGUGAGGAGUGGAGCCGAGCGGAUGAACGACGAUUGAAGAAAGAUGAAAGAGACCGCCGUAGUGAUGAAAGCCAUCGUGGUGGGCGCGACAAGCCAACAGGGCGUGACAGUGACCACCCUAGAGGAUCCCGUGACAGGGGCCUUCAUGACAGCCGCAGUAGCCAUGAGAGUAAGGCCUGGGCAGUGGCUGGAGGAGAGCUGUCAGGAGCUAAUAUCGGACUACUGGGAGCGGCGGCCAUGGACCCACAGAAAAGAUUGAACAUCCUGCUGGAGCGUGCCGGUGUUGGUAAUAUUCUGGGUCCAGGCCAAGCAGUCCAAAGCCACAGCUCGCGCGCUGAUCUCGGCAAGUCUGUGGGUGGUAUGGACGAACCCUCCUGGCGUGCCCCUGACCCGAGGGACAGUAGGCCUCCCAUCCCUCAAGCUGAUCGUGGCGCCGGUUUCCCUCACGGAGCGUCUGGACUCUCAGCUCAUGUUGAUGCGCGGUUCGGAUCACUGCCCAUGGAUGAUAGCCACCGCUCUGUCAGUCUUGGAGGAGGGGGAGUGGAAUCGAGCAAGCCACCAGCACGAGACUGGCGCGAUACGCAUGGCCAGAAUUUAUCGUCACGUGACCGGGAUGCCUUGGCUGCUCGAGAACGAGAUCGAUCACGUGACCGCGGAGCUGAAGUCAAACAAAACUUGGCACGUGCAGGAGCCUUGUACGAUGCACGUGACACGCGAGCACCAGUAAGCCGCGACUCUAUGCCGCCGAGAGGAGCCUGGGGAACUGGACUGGAUUCCCGUCAAGUAGCUAACCCAGCACUCAGUUUGUCCAGUGGCGGGCGACCAAUUGUUGAUGACAGGUCACGUGCUGCUGUACCUGCCAGGGACGCUGCUCUGCCCCCGUGGAAUCAGCCUGGAGCACCAUCACUAGCUACACCUGUGGCCCGAGGACCUUACAAUGGGAGUGCAGUACCAGGGCCUGACAGGCGACAUGCUGCAACAGCUGAUGUGAGAUAUGACCCUUACAAGGCACCUCCUCGUGUUAGUGUGAUGCGCCGAUACUGAGAGCACCUUGAACUGUUAUAAAAUGACCUCUUCGAGGCACCUGCUUCUUGUAUUCCGAACUGUACAUUGACUUCUUCAUGUGAAAAACGUUUUUAGAUUCAUUCAUCAAGUCUACCGUGUCGUGACUUAUAUUUUAGAAUAAGGGAGAUGUUAGUUUGAUCUCUGAUCAUCAAACGGUUGAACACUGCAAAUUGACGUGAUCGAUUUAAGCAUUAAGUGAAAAAUAUAUAUAUAUGAUCCCAACCUCGUAAGGGUUUAAUAGCAGUUGAGUUCCAAACUUUAUAUCAGCCGUUUGAGCGUGUUUUAUCGCGAUGUUAGCCAGUCACCCUACACAGUAAAAGUUUUCGAUCAAUUUUCAAAAGAUUUCAAUUUGCAUGUUGUCUUAAUUUCAGUUUGAAGCUGUUGUUUACCAAGGCAUUACUUUACUAUUUUACAGUAGUUGGGGAUUUAGAAUGUAAAAUAAAGGUUACAGUCCGCUCAGUAUUGCUUCAACCCAACGGUUGCUUUAUUGCCGCCUCUCGUGUGUUCUCUAGCUACAGCAUUAAAGAGUAAACAGACCCAGACGAGGAAAGCUUCUUAAGGAGAUUGCCGGCAGACUUCUUAAACUCUACCGUUACAAUCAAGUUUUUUGCUCCUUAACUUGUUAUUGCGGGCAGCCAAAGGACCCGUACUCGCGGCGGUAGUUACGUGUUGGCACAAUAACCCAAAUUUUUGUCGGACUUAUCAUCUCCCCGUAGAAAGCAAGACGUAUCUGCAGUGAAAAUUGGUCUUGAACCAUUCAGCUUGGUGGAGAUAGUUUGGUUUGAUAGUGAUCUUGAAAUGAAGCAGGAUGAAGGCUCCGAAGUUAGUUAUGUUAGAGUUUCCUUUAUGUGCGAACUCGCGUCCGAAGUUCUGUUCAGAUUUAAACAUUAAGCGAUGAGAAAAUAACCACAGGCCAGUACUUUAGCUUCCUCCUCGAUAUACCGUGGUUUCGUGCGUGUUGCAGCGAAUAGUAUAUUUCGGAUAUUACGUGCCAGUCACAUGGAAUGGUAUAUCUUGGAGCUGAGAUAAUCACGUGUUAGUCAUGCGGUAUAGUAAAACUCGCUUGUGUUAGUUGACUUAAGCCGAGCAGUUAUUAGUAUGUAAAUUUGUUGAUGUUGGUAAGUUGAUGCAGGUAACUUGUUUUGUUAACCAUUAUGUCCCAGUACAGGAAACACGACUGAGUGCUGUUGUAAGGUGAGUUGGUUGGUUCUUCAAUAAGUCGAUAACCUGGGACCAGGCUCCGCAUUGGGGAAAAAAAGGAAAGAAAUAAUCGCGAGCCGCGAGGUAUUUUGGGCAGGGGAAAGGGUGGCGCCUCCCUUUCCCCCUCCCCAGACCAUUCCUGGGCUCGCUUCGCUCGCCGAUAUUUUUUCUAUUUUUGUUUUUUGCCCUUUUCCCUACUGCGAAGCCUGGUCCCAGGUUAAUAAGUCGAAUCCCUAGUCUCCCACAAGGGAUUCUUUUGGCUUGUCACGCACAGGACCCUGGAAGGGCGUGAUGAG